AUGCUUCAGGCCAUCAGGCGGCAUGUGCCGCAGCACCCACCACCUGGAAAGCAGUAUAUGACCUCGGUUCCAACGGAAUCUAUGGACGAGUUUUGGCUGCCAAUCUCCCGGUUCGACUACAGCAGUUCUGCAAAGGAUGGAUUUUUUCCGAACAACAGCAACUUCCGGUCGCACUACAAAGAAUUUGUGGUGCACGGAUACCGUUCUUCCUAUGAAGCCAUUCAAUGCAAGUUCCCCUUGGCCGAUUCCAACAGGGUAUUGCUAGACUGGUCAACUGGCUUUGUCGACGGCAUGACCAAGAUCAUGCUGUGCCUGUGCAUCAUAGGAUUUUGCGAAGAGCUAGAGUUCACAGAUGAGCAGCUGAGAGAUCCAGAUUUGCGACGCACACUGGAUUCGUUUGGACUCCAACCAGAAGCCUUGGCCAUGGACUUUUGGGUUCCUGGUGUUCACACACGUGCUGAGAACCCUCGUUUCAGAGGAAAACCGCAACUAGAGGAAGUCCUUUGCACGACAAAGGACACAUCAGAGCUCUUUUUUCAGCAUGCGAUGGAGGACUUCAACCGCAAGGUGUCAAAGACAGCCGCUCAAAAGGCCAAGAAAUUUGCAAUGUUGGACAUCGAUGGCCUGGUCAAUCUUCACGACAUUGUGUGCCUGUGGAUUUGGCUCCGCGAACGGCUCCAAAGGGCAUUUCCGAUGGAGACUGUGGCGAAAUAUGAGAACCUCUUUCAGAAGGGGUCGCUUGACAAUGACCUUGGGACCAUCAUGAAGUGCGGGGAAGAGUUUGACUGGCAGAGGAUCAACUUCGUUUUGGAGAUCAAAGGGGAGACGCUUGAAAACUUCGUUUCCCAAGCUCAGUGCUCCACCAAGAAUGCCAUGGAGCGUUCAUUGGAAGCAGCAUUCCAAGCAUGGCAGCAGCAGCUCAUUUCUGACCAAGCAGUGUUCCAGAAUGAGUUGAUUUUGUCUGAGAGGGAAACCGUGAAAGCCAGAGCAGCACUGGUCAAGAGUUUGGAGGAUGACGAUGAGGUGAAAAAGGAUGAAGGGUCGGAGUCAGGUCAGGAUACCAUGAAAGCUGAGGAAGCUGACGUUCGGGAUGUGAAGUACCAGUUUGAGAAAGAGUUCUCGCUGAAGGAUCGUGGCCUCAAAGUGCGAGACCUGACGUUUGCGUUUGAUCCAGUGGCCAAUGGCUCAGACUUUGUGCGACGAACUCUUGCAGCCCUUUCACCCACUGGAAAUCCGUUGGGAUCCGCUGGUGCUACCAUGCUGAUCGACCUUCAUGCCUAUGAUGGAUCGCCGGGCAUAGCCUCCCUGGAGGUGCGGGUCACCUUGGACGUGUAUUGUUGGAACCUGUGUGAGGAGAUGGCUGAGAACCGCAAGGUUUUCUGUGGCUCGGUGGUUUUGGGGACCUCGCCUGACACCAUUGUCUCCCGCUUGGCCAACAAGAUCUAUGCUGAUUGCCGUGCCAAGAAGCUCUCCAUCAGCCAGUUUCCUGACUAUGAGCCUACCAUUCAGGCUUUGAAGUCUGGGGGAAACCGCGUGGAUCCAAACACGUACAAGGUUUGCGUGCCUCAGGGAGGGAAGCUGCUUGUUCUCCAAAGCCUCGCCCAAAAGUGGGUAGACCAGGAAUCGACCAGCACCCGCGCUUCGGAGUUGAUUGCUGGCCACAACGAGAAGUUCAAUGAUUCGGGAGAGUACUGGGCCUGUGAAAGGCACAAGGUGUCUAUCAACAGUUGCGCAGAACUUUGUGCCAACGGUGAAGCUGCUGAUGUGAUGCGGGAUGCCACCGGCCGUUGGGUAUCAUUCGUGGUUUCUGGUCAGAGCUUGCUGCUGGUCGAGAGGAAGACUGUCCCGGAUCAUUUGGCUGCCCUCAGCAGCCUUGACAGAGUGGCAAGUUUGGAUGAAAUCUUGUUGGAACUGCAGGAUGCUGGCGAGGUGAAGGUGGAUGUCUCCCACCACAAACGGGUGGACUCGGAGUGGGCAUCUGCAAAGCCAUUGGUUUUUGUUCUUGACCCGGUGAAGGAUCCAAGUGUCAAAGCUGAGGACAAACCCAAGAAACGCAAGGCCGAGAAGAGCAAAGCACCUUCAGUCAACUUGAAGAACUACGGGGCCAGACUGGACAUGGGAAAGGUCAAAGCUUCUAGCAAGCUGACGCUUGCUUGGCGAGCAAGGUUCGAUGGUUGUCAAACAUGGUUGAACACUGACUGA